AUGACGUCGGCCACCAAGGUGUACUACAGCCAGACCACGCAGACCGACAGCCGCCCGCUCAUCGGCUCGGGGCUGCGCCGGCGCCGGGUGAUGACCAAGGAUGGCCGCAGCAACGUGCGGAUGGAGCACAUCGCCGACAAGCGCUUCCUGUACCUCAAGGACCUGUGGACCACCUUCAUCGACAUGCAGUGGCGCUACAAGCUGGUCCUCUUCUCCGCCACCUUCGCCGGCACCUGGUUCGCCUUCGGUGUCAUCUGGUACCUGGUGGCCGUGGUCCACGGGGACCUGCUGGAGUUCGACCCGCCGGCCAACCACACGCCGUGCGUGAUGCAGGUGCACACCCUCACCGGCGCCUUCCUCUUCUCCCUCGAGUCCCAGACCACCAUCGGCUAAAUCAGCGAGGAGUGUCCCCUCGCCAUCGUCCUGCUCAUCACCCAGCUGGUCCUCACCACCAUCAUGGAGAUCUUCAUCACCGGCACCUUCCUGGCCAAGAUUGCCCGGCCCAAGAAACGCGCCGAGACCAUCAAGUUCAGCCAAAACGCGGUGGUGGCCCAACACAACGGCAAGACCUGCCUGAUGAUCCGCGUGGCCAACAUGCGCAAGAGCCUCCUCAUCGGCUGCCAGGUGACGGGCAAGCUCCUCCAGACCCACCUCACCAAGGAGGGCGAGAGCGUCCGCCUCAACCAGGUCAACGUGGACUUCCAGGUGGACACCUCCUCCGACAGCCCCUUCCUCAUCCUGCCCCUCACCUUCUACCACGUGGUGGACGACGCCAGCCCCUUCCGGGACGUGGCCCUACGGACGGGCGAAGGCGACUUCGAGCUGGUGGUCAUCCUCAGCGGCACCGUGGAGUCCACCAGCGCCACGUGCCAGGUCCGCACCUCCUACCUGCCCGAGGAGAUCCUCUGGGGCUACGAGUUCACCCCGGCCAUCUCCCUCUCGGCCAGCGGCAAGUACGUGGCCGACUUCAGCCUCUUCGACCAGGUGGUGAAGGUGACGGCGCCCUGUUGCCUCCACGAGACCGUCCGGUUCGGGGACCCCGAGAAGGUGAAGCUGGAGGAGUCCCUGCGGGAGGCGGCGGAGCGGGAA